CAUAUCACGUCGGGCCGAAUGUCAUACAACACCGGCUUGAGGAAUCUAAUAUGUCCACGUAAAAAUGUCAAAAUUUAAACUUGCAUUGAUUCAGAUGCUGGUGGGAACAUCAAAGGGAGACAACCUCAGUCGUGCUGUGAAGUUUAUUACGGAGGCUGCCAAAUCGGGAGCACAGCUGGUGGCAUUGCCAGAGUGUUUUAAUUCUCCAUAUGGCACGAAGUAUUUCAAGGAAUAUUCUGAGAAGAUCCCGGGGGAAACUUCUCAAGUGUUGUCAAAAGCUGCCAAAGAAAACAAAAUAUUUUUAGUAGGAGGGUCGUACCCUGAAGAAGAGAAUGGUAAAAUCUUCAACACGUGUCCGGUGUUUGGUCCAGACGGGCGUCUCAUAGCAACACACCGCAAGGUGCACUUGUUUGAUAUCGAUGUACCAGGCAAGAUGACGUUCAAGGAGUCUGAAGUGUUGUCCAGUGGAAACCAACUGACGUCUUUUCAGACCGAUUUUGGCAAGAUUGGCAUUGGUAUAUGUUAUGAUAUUCGAUUUCCUGAGAUGUCACAGAGCUAUUCUCAAAAAGGCUGUAGUCUAUUAAUCUUUCCUGGUGCCUUCAAUAUGACGACGGGCCCCGCCCACUGGGAGUUGCUACAGCGAAGUCGCGCCCUCGACAACCAGCUAUACGUCGCCACAGUGUCACCGGCACGUGAUGAUACAGCCUCUUACGUAGUCUGGGGUCACAGCACGGUCGUUAAUCCAUGGGGUGAGGUCAUUGCCACGACAGACCACAAAGAAACAAUUGUAUAUGCAGAUAUAGAUCUGGGCUACAUGUCAGAGGUGAGAGAGCACAUACCAGUCUCUCGACAGAAACGUAAUGACUUAUACACAAGUCCAUCUUAGUUUUCUAGCAUUUUACUUCUGUCAACAUCUUAACCCCAUUUUGUAGCAAUUUGCAUGGAUCACAUGAUGUAAUGUUUUUGGUUUUUUAUCAACAACAAAAUCAAUGGCAUAACCAGAGGGGUGUAUGGUACACUCAUCUCAUAACCAGAGGGGUGUAUGAUACACUCAUCUCGUAACCAGAGGGGUGAAUGGUACACUCAUCUCGUAACCAGAGGGGUGCAUGGUACACCCGUAACCAGAGGGGUGCAUGGUACACCCAUAACCAGAGGGGUGCAUGGUACACCCAUAACAAGGGGGUGCAUGGUACACCCAUAACCAGAGGGGUGCAUGGUACACCCAUAACCAGAGGGGUGCAUGGUACACCCAAUCUCACAUCCCCUACCACCGUAUGUAUAUAUUCUAGUUACCCUACAUCAUGGCUUAUGGACUGGGGGGUGCCUCCCCCCAGUAUAAAAUUAUGGCUAAGCUCACAUCCCCUACCACCUUAUAUAUAUUCUAGUAGCCCCAUAACAUGGCUUAUAGACUGUGUGGUCCCCCCUCCCCCCUCCUACAAUUCAGGUUAAGAUAGCUUGGGUUAAAUACAAGGGACUCUAAGCCAGCUAAGAAGAUCCAGAAUAAGGUUGCAUGCCAUCAUUAAGUUUUCACCACUUCAGGUUGCAUACCACCAUUUGUCCUGUAACUUACCCAUGAUAUCCAUCUUAUAAACCCAUGUGAUAAUUUAGUGUGUUAACCCGGUUAAUAAUGGUACGCAAGGUCUCUAGGUAAUAAUGUGUUGCUGUGAAUGGGUUGUUUGUUUAUAAGCCAACAAGACCUGUAUAUCUGAGCGUAACCUUGUUAUAAGAUGUAGUUGAAACGUCAAACUAAUUUGUGCUAAUUGUGAUGCCAUCAUAUUACUGAAGGAGACGACUUAAUAGUACUGUGAUUUACCAAAAAUCAGAUUAAGAUGUUAUUUUAGAAGUGUUAUAGGAUAAACAGAAUUCACUACUCGUGUUUUUUAAUAUGUAAAAUAUCAACCCUCGUCUAGUUAAUCAGUAUUUGUCUCAACAGAGCCUUGACAAAUACCGAUUAACAUGGACUCGGUUGAUAUUUUCUAUAUUAAAAAGUACUUGUGUUGAAUCCUCUAUGUAUUUUCAUCAAAAUUUAUUACAUAUUAAAUGAUUAUAUUAUGUUUGAUUUAUGAAAUAAAAAGACGAGAUAAACAGCGACAGCAGUGAUGGUAAUGGCAUCAACUUUUGCAUUUAGCCCAAUUUUGAAGUUUAGCUAUGAGUUCCAUUCUCACAAACAAUACGAUAUGAUGGAACUUGGUUUAUAGUUGCAUCUCUGAUGUUCAUCACAAUGCAUGUGAAAUUAAAACAAUAUAUAUAUAUAUAUACUCUUCAAAAAAGAGUAGGAGAAUCUAAAAUAUUAAUGUUAAUAUCAACUAUUAGACCGAACGUACGUUUUGACCACAGACAUCCUAGUAAAGAAUGUUCAGGUCUGUUUAUCAACACACCCAAACCCAUUCCAUAGUUUGCACAUGCAUCACGCAAUUGCCCCGUACAUGUGCAUGGGGUGUCAUUCCCGAUUUUGACAAUUUCCAGGAAGGUCUAAACACUGGAACAUUAUUUCUGUCAAUCUUUUUCAUUCUGUUGAUCAUACAGUUGUUAUUGUUUUGUUUUUAGUAAUUUUUAUUGUUUGAAU